GUUAAAUUGUAUGUAUUAAAGUGCAUCAAAAAGUGCCAAAAAAUAAAGUAAUACUGUAGGAAAAGUACUGAUAAUAAUAUAUUCAUAUAGCCAAGUGAUUCAAACAUUGCCCGAAGAGUUUAAACGGAGGCAAUUGAUUUUGAUGAAGUAGAAUAAGAGAUUCAAACAUUUUAAGAUAUCUCCAAUUUCAAGCUUCGAAAUAAGCUCACAUCAUUUAAUAAGCCAGCAAAGAAGCCUAUCGUUAAAGAUUUUAACAUUUAAUAUCAACAGUGCCUAAAGAAUGAGAACUAAAUAAAGCCAAUAUCGGAAGCUGUUAAGAAAUUUUAGAAACCUUAAGGAAUAGAUAAAAUCAAUACAAAAUCUUUAUUGAUUCCAUCUAAAUCAACAAGGCAAGAUUAUUCUACAUAUACUUAUUAAAAUCUUAAAGUAAUAGGAAGUGGUUCGUUUGGUACAGUCUAUAAAGUAAAUAACAAUUAAAGAUUUUAAGUCAAAAGUAAAUGAAACAGGAGAAAUAGUGGCUAUUAAAAAAGUAUUGUAGGAUAAAAGAUAUAAAAAUAGAGAACUCUUAAUCCUCUAAGAGUUAAAUCAUCAUAAUGUAGUUAAAUUAAAAUACGCUUAUUUCACACCUUCAGAUAAAAAAGAUGAGAUGUAUUUAAACGUUGUAAUGGAUUAUUAUCCAGAAUCAUUAUAUACUUAUAAUAAAUCUUUUAGAUAGGUAUAGGCAAGAAUGCCUGAAAUAUUAGUGAAGAUUUAUUCAUAUUAAUUGUUAAGAUCAAUUUAGUAAGAGAUCAUAGAAUAAUUAGUUAUAUAUCAUUGUUAUCCAUAUGCCAUAGAGAUAUAAAACCACAUAAUAUUUUAGUUAAUCCUAAUCAUCAUAAGCUUUAACUUUGUGAUUUUGGGAGUGCCAAGAGAUUAGUAAAAACAGAAACGAAUAUUUCUUAUAUAUGUUCUAGAUGUUACAGGGCCCCAGAGUUAAUAUUUGGAGCUGUCAAUUAUGAUACAUAAAUAGACGUUUGGUCAGUUGGAUGUGUAAUAGCUGAAUUAUUCAAUGGAGAACCUUUGUUUCUAGGUGAUAGUGCAGUUGAUUAGUUGAUUGAAAUCAUUAAAGUUCUUGGAACUCCAAAUAAGGUUUAAGUUUUGAGUAUGAAUGCAGAUUAUGAUAUGCAAUCAUACAAAUUUCCUUUAAUUAAAGCAAGAGAAUGGAAAAAAGUAUUAAUUUUUAUUUUUGUUACUUAGGUUAUUAAAACCAAUGAUUCAUUUGCUACUGAUUUAGUUUCUAAAUUGCUUGUAUAUUGUCCCAAAACUAGAUUUACUCCUAUUCAAGCAUUAUGUCAUCCUUAUUUUGAUUAAUUGAGAGAUCUUCAUUAAAUGAAACAGCUAUAAGAAAUCUACAAUUUUAAUAUUCAAGAAUUAUUUGAAUUUAGCAACUGUAACUUAUAUCUAAUAAUCUUGAUUAGUGGAAACUAAUAAAAUGACAAAUGAUGAAAUUAAAAAGUUAAUUCCUGAUUGGGUCAGCUGCAACUCUACUAAAAUUGUUAAGACAAUAGGAUGA